AUGGAGAGCGCUUUCGCCUCACCCACCGACAAGGUUCUCUCUACCCUGGGAGUGAACCCCAAUACCGGUCUUACUGAUGAGCAAGUCAUUGCUUCAAGAACGAAGCACGGCAGAAAUGUCAUCCCCGAAGACCCGCCCACUCCCAUCUGGGAGCUUAUCCUCGAGCAGUUCAAGGACCAACUCGUGAUAAUUCUUCUCGGCUCAGCCGCCGUCUCGUUUGUCCUCGCCCUGUUCGACCAGGAGGAAGGCUGGAGCGCCUUCGUUGACCCAGCAGUGAUUCUGACCAUUCUCAUCCUCAACGCCGUCGUUGGUGUCUCACAAGAGAGCAGCGCCGAGAAAGCCAUCGCCGCCCUCCAGGAGUACUCCGCCAACGAGGCCAACGUCAUUCGCAAUGGCCAUGUCUCCCGCGUCAAGGCCGAGGACCUCGUCCCCGGUGACAUCGUGUCCGUUCACAUUGGUGAUCGCAUCCCUGCCGACUGCAGACUUGUCGCCAUCGAGAGCAACAGCUUCGCCGUCGACCAGGCCAUCCUGACCGGAGAGAGUGAGAGUGUCGGCAAGGACCACACCUUCGUUGUCAAGGAUGACAGGGCUGUUUUGCAGGACCAGGUCAACAUGUUGUUCUCUGGAACGACUGUUGUUACUGGUCGUGCUAAGGCUGUCGUUGUCUUGACCGGAUCUCAGACGGCCAUUGGUGACAUUCACGAGAGCAUCACUGCUCAGAUCUCCGAGCCGACUCCCCUCAAGCAGAAGCUCAACGACUUCGGUGACAGCCUCGCCAAGGUCAUUACGGUCAUUUGCAUUCUGGUUUGGCUCAUCAACAUCCCCCACUUCAGCGACCCCAGUCACGGAAGCUUCACCAAGGGUGCUAUCUACUACCUCAAGAUCGCUGUUUCUCUCGGCGUUGCCGCUAUUCCCGAAGGUCUCGCUGUCGUUAUCACCACCUGUUUGGCUCUGGGCACCCGCAAGAUGGCUGCAAAGAACGCCGUUGUCAGAAGUCUGCCGUCGGUUGAGACACUGGGAAGCUGCAGCGUUAUCUGCUCCGACAAGACCGGUACUCUGACCACCAACCAGAUGAGUGUGAGCAAGAUCGUCUACCUCAACGAGAAUGGCAGCGACUUGGUCGAGCUUGACGUUGAAGGCACCACUUUUGCCCCCAAGGGUUCCAUCUCUUUCAACGGCGAGAAGGUCACUGAUCUAACCCGCUCGUCUGCUACCAUUCGCCAGAUGACUGAAGUUGCGGCUGUCUGCAACGACUCCAAGCUCGCGUACGACGCUAGAAGUGCCGCCUACUCCAAUGUCGGCGAGCCCACCGAGGGUGCUCUGAGGGUUUUGGUUGAGAAGAUUGGUCCCUGCGCCCCGUCCAACAGCAACCCCGAGGACUGCAUUCACUACGCUAGCACUAAGUACGAGAAUGAUUUCCCCCGCCUUGCUACCUACGAGUUCUCGAGAGACCGCAAGAGCAUGUCUGUUCUGGUUCAAAACGGCCAAGAGAAGAAGCUUCUUGUCAAGGGCGCCCCUGAGUCUAUCAUUGAACGGUGCACUCACGCUCUGGUUGGCGCCAAUGGAAAGCGCCAGCCCCUCGACCGCAAGCUCUCUGAUCUGAUCUCCAAGGAGGUUGUCGACUACGGCAACCGUGGUCUCCGUGUCAUUGCUCUCGCCAGUGUCGACAACGUUGGCAACAACCCCCUGUUGAAGUCAGCAAAGUCUACCGCACAGUACGCACAGCUCGAGCAGAAUCUCACUUUCCUUGGUCUGGUUGGCAUGCUUGAUCCCCCUCGCCCCGAAGUCGCCGCCUCUAUUCGCCAGUGCAAGGCCGCUGGUAUUCGUGUUAUUGUCAUCACUGGAGACAACCGCAACACUGCGGAGAGCAUCUGCAGACAGAUUGGUGUCUUCAGCGAGUAUGAGGACCUCAAGGGCAAGAGUUUCACCGGCAGAGAAUUUGAGAACUUGAGUGAGAGCGAGGCUGCCGAGGCUGCUCGUACUGCUUCCCUGUUCUCUCGCGUUGAGCCCAGCCACAAGUCGAAGCUUGUUGACCUGCUCCAGCAGCAGGGUGAGGUCGUUGCCAUGACUGGUGACGGUGUCAACGAUGCCCCCGCUCUCAAGAAGGCUGAUAUUGGUGUUGCCAUGGGUUCCGGCACUGAUGUUUCCAAGCUUGCCGCCGACAUGGUUCUCGCUGAUGACAACUUUGCCACCAUUGAGAGCGCCAUUGAGGAGGGUCGUUCCAUUUACAAUAACACCCAGCAGUUCAUUCGCUACCUUAUCUCAUCCAACAUUGGCGAGGUCGUUUCUAUCUUCUUGACUGCCGCCCUUGGCAUGCCCGAGGCUUUGAUUCCUGUUCAGCUUCUCUGGGUCAACCUGGUCACCGACGGACUUCCCGCUACCGCUUUGUCGUUCAACCCUCCUGACCACGAUAUCAUGAGACGUCAGCCGAGAAAGCGUGACGAGCCUCUGAUCGGCGGCUGGUUGUUCUUCCGCUACCUGGUCAUUGGCACUUACGUCGGUGUUGCGACUGUGGCCGGCUACGCUUGGUGGUUCAUGUACAACCCCGAGGGUCCCCAGAUCAACUUCUCGCACCUCUCUCACUUCCACCGCUGCUCCAGCGACUUCCCCGAGAUUGGCUGCGAGAUGUUCGCCAAUAACGCCGCCAAGUCUGCCUCGACGGUUUCAUUGUCAAUUCUCGUCGUCAUUGAGAUGUUCAACGCCAUGAACGCUCUCUCGUCCAGCGAGUCUCUUCUGUCUCUGCCUCUCUGGGCCAACAUGAAGCUCGUCUACGCCAUCACCCUCUCGAUGGCUCUCCACUUCGCCCUGCUGUACACCCCCUUCCUCCAGGGCCUGUUCUCCAUUCUGCCCCUGAACUGGAACGAGUGGAAGGCGGUCUUGUACAUCAGCGCCCCCGUCAUUCUCAUUGAUGAGGGCCUUAAGGCUGUUGAGAGAUCGUUCUUCAGUCAGAAGAAGGCGAUCGCAUCCUCCAAGGCAAAGAAGGAGGCUUAG